UACUCUAGAUUUGUUUACAAUAUGGCGGCGGAAAUUUUUAUGGAAAAAUAACUAAGGUUGUGUUACCCAAGAUGGCGGCUUACCUCAUUUGCUUGACCAGUGGGAGUGGCCUGCCUGUGUUCACAAGAUCUGUUGGUAAUCUCAAGCCUCUGCCCUUCCCUGUGAUUGGCUCCCUCAAUGCCGUCCACAUGUUUGCCGCCAACCACGACGCCGUCCUACAGUCCACCACAACAGACGACGCCAGAAUCGUCUGGAAAGAUUUCCACAACAGCCUGGUCCUGAUUGCUGUGGUCAGCCGGGACAGUGCAGCAGACGACGUCCACGUGGGCCGUCUGCUGGAGAACGUCUUCCACUCUCUGGUGCUGCUGUACGGCCUGGAGGAGCUGGUCAACAUCAAGAACGUCGAGAGGUUCAAGAAGGAGAUACGGAUUUGUUUUCAGUUGGUUGAUACACUUUUACAACAGUCGACCUUGACCUUGUUCUCUGAUUUAACGAAUGCCGUGGAUGUUCUGAUUCCUGCAGAAACAUCUGUCUUACAGAAUUUCCUAGAAGCCUUUGUAGAAGCUGCCGGCAGUCCCUACGGUUGUCUGAUGGCCCACGGGAGAGUGAUCGUGGCCACGUCAAAAUGGUGGGACCUCACGUCAACAGAGCUCGUUCUUCUGUCACUUUUACUCUCUUCUUUUUCCGAGUGUUCUUCCAGGGACGUCCCCAUAUACUUGCCUCAAGGAAGUCCAAAUAUCCCCCACCGGCUGUUGACCUUUGAACUGCUCCGCCAUGUUGAAGUGUGUUUAAUCUGUGGUCCUACGCCAUCGCUCACUGACAUGGAAAGGGAGAUUGGAAGGUUCUGGACGCCAGCUCUGGACAAUCUUAGGUCAGCUCGACAGCUUCAUCCACGAAAUUUUCCGACAUCCAUUGAAGUGGACAACAAUAUUUUAGGGUUUCUCCUGGUAAACUCGAGGGCCAACAGAUGCCUUAACUCUGUCAACCUUCCACGCGAGAGAGACGACCCAGUCAAGAUGGAGAAGAGACGAGCCUUACUGCGCUCCUUCUACAAGCACGUUGUAGGCACAUACUUCUCUAACAGCAACCCUGCAACUGAGAAAGGUCCCUCAGAGUUCAGCCACCAAGUGAUGGACACGUACAUCGUAUGCUCCGGCCACAAGUGUUACGCCCAUACGUCCGGACCACACCAGAUCUUCAUCCUGUUCUCUAGCCAGAUCCCGACCUUUGCCAUGAGGUCUGUGAGUCAAAAAACAUUAGACCUGUUCAUCAAAGAUAAAAAUUUCCGCAUUUAAGUCUUCCAUGAUCAGACAAGUUGACUUCAUUAAUGGCUAAUGAACUUAGCUAAAAUACUUGUGUUGCUAAUGAACUAAGCUAAAAUACUUGUGUUGCUAAGCUAAAAUACUUGUGUUGCUAAUGAACAAAGCUAAAAUACUUGUGUUGCUAAUGAACUAAGCUAAAAUACUUGUGUUGCUAAUGAACAAAGCUAAAAUACUUGUGUUGCUAAUGAACAAAGCUAAAAUACUUGUGUUGCUAAUGAACUAAGCUAAAAUACUUGUGUUGCUAAUGAACAAAGCUAAAAUACUUGUGUUGCUAAUGAACUAAGCUAAAAUACUUGUGUUGCUAAGCUAAAAUACUUGUGUUGCUAAUGAACAAAGCUAAAAUACUUGUGUUGCUAAUGAACUAAGCUAAAAUACUUGUGUUGCUAAUGAACUAAGCUAAAAUACUUGUGUUGCUAAUGAACUGAGCUAAAAUACUUGUGUUGCUAAUGAACUAAGCUAAAAUACUUGUGUUGCUAAUGAACUGAGCUAAAAUACUUGUGUUGCUAAUGAACUAAGCUAAAAUACUUGUGUUGCUAAUGAACUAAGCUAAAAUACUUGUGUUGCUAAUGAACUAAGCUAAAAUACUUGUGUUGCUAAUGAACUGAGCUAAAAUACUUGUGUUGCUAAUGAACUAAGCUAAAAUACUUGUGUUGCUAAUGAACAAAGCUAAAAUACUUGUGUUGCUAAUGAACAAAGCUAAAAUACUUGUGUUGCUAAUGAACUAAGCUAAAAUACUUGUGUUGCUAAUGAACUAAGCUAAAAUACUUGUGUUGCUAAUGAACAAAGCUAAAAUACUUGUGUUGCUAAUGAACUAUGCUAAAAUACUUGUGUUGCUAAUGAACUAAGCUAAAAUACUUGUGUUGCUAAUGAACUAAGCUGAAAUACUUGUGUUGAAGUCGUUCUGUGAUUGUAUAUACAAUGUGAAUGUUCAAGGCAGCAAACAGACCUUCAUCACCAACAUUCCCGUGGACCCCUUGUAGACCUACACCCCUUCAAGUUUGGUCCAAAUGUUCUAGGUUGUGAUUUAGUUGUUAUUCUCUUUGACAGCAAUUGGUAAAGUUGUUCUUGUUAAAUUCUUGUAAAUAAACACGUGAAAUUUUGUCAGUGUAAAUGAUUUAUUUAUUAUGUAACAAGUCCAGA